AUGACCUCCAACGUCUAUGGCCCAACACAGUAUUCCUCGAAGGGAGGAAGGAAAUCAACUUUAGUCUCUGAGGCUACAGAGACAGCACAUCUGACGAAACAGGACCCUUCAAGGCAGCCUUGUCUACGAAUUCGUCAGCUCAUUCGUCCGCCCAAUUAUGCGUACCAAACCCAACCAGCUUGUCCGCCCUGCUACAAUGCGUGCCUCGACGAACGCUAUUACACCUAUUUCAUCGAUCAACUAUCGAUCCUCCUUAUAAUACACGAUAAUUCUGUGAGCGCAAACCCUGACCGCAUUCACUUUCCAGAUUUCGCUCGUCCCCGUCCAUGGUUGGCACUGGGCGCAUUGCACAUGGCCAACUCUUCGGUCGGGGUUCAAAUCAAUAAGCAUUUGCAGCAGGCUAUGAGUAAUAAAUAUGGAGAGGUUGUGCAGUUGUUUCGAACUCGACAUGUCUUCUCUUGUGUCUCUUCGAGUUAA